AUGGCGGCCAACUUUGGCAAGCUUCUCUUUUCGUCUCCAGAGAUCCACCCCGCAACUCGGAAAGCGAAGUCCAUUCCCGUCCUCAACCCGUUUGAUCAAUAUGGCCGGGUGUUUUUCUUCUCUUGGUUGGGGUUCAUGGUCGCAUUUCUCUCGUGGUAUGCAUUUCCACCAUUGCUAUCCGUCACCAUCAAAGAGGACCUGAAUAUGACAGAGGAGGAAAUUGCGAACUCUAACAUUGUCGCACUCCUCGCUACCUUUCUCGUUCGAUUUGUUGCCGGGCCACUCUGCGAUCGCUUCGGUCCACGGCUGGUUUUCGUGGGCCUGCUGCUCUGCGGAUCCAUCCCAACCGCGAUGGCCGGCCUCGUUACCAACCCCAAUGGCCUGAUAGCAUUGCGAUUCUUUGUGGGAAUUCUAGGUGGGACUUUUGUUCCCUGCCAGGUGUGGUGCACCGGAUUCUUCGACAAGAAGAUCGUUGGCACCGCCAACUCGCUGGCCGCAGGCUGGGGCAACGCCGGUGGAGGAAUCACCUAUUUCAUCAUGCCCGCCCUCUACGACUCCCUCGUUGCCUCGCGUGGCCUGGCCCCCCACAAAGCCUGGCGCGUCGCCUACAUCGUCCCCUUCAUUAUUAUCGCUGCCGUGGCACUCGGAAUGCUUUUCCUCUGCGAGGACACACCGACCGGCAAAUGGUCAGAUCGACACCUUUGGUCCAAGGAAACUCCUGCCGCUAGCUCUCCCGCUUCGAUCUACGAUGGAAAUAUUGUCGACCUCAAUCAGAGCUUCCCAUCGAGCGGCCUCACCAGCGGCCUCACCAGCCCACCGUCGAUGUAUGACGCCAUCGACGUGGAGAAGAAAGGUACACAAACCCCUCAAAUAGUCGACAAGGAUGCCUCCGGUCUGGGACAAAUUGGUACUCUCAAACGAGAGACCGUCGUCGCUCUCUCGCACAAAGAUACUGUCCGUGUCGCCUUCAGUCUCACCACGCUGGCCGUGGCAAUCCCGUACGCCUGCUCGUUCGGAUCCGAGCUGGCAAUCAAUUCAAUCCUCGGAACAUACUACUCAGAAAGAUUCCCAUCCAUGGGUCAAACAGAGUCCGGUCAAUGGGCCGCAAUGUUCGGACUGCUCAAUGUGGUCUGUCGCCCCGCGGGUGGAUUCUUUGGAGACCUGAUCUACCGCAGCACGGGAAGCAUCUGGUCGAAAAAGCUCCUUCUCACUUUCCUCGGUCUUUCCAUGGGCGCUUUCCAGCUGGCUAUCGGUCUUUCCAACCCAAGCAGUCAGUCCACCAUGUUCGGACUCAUGGCGGGGCUGGCUUUCUUCCUCGAGGCAUGCAAUGGCGCCAACUUUGCUGUUGUCCCGCAUGUGCAUCCCUAUGCCAACGGAGUUGUUUCUGGUGUUGUGGGCGGACUCGGAAACUUGGGAGGCAUUGUUUUUGCUAUUGUCUUUAGAUACAACGGUUCGCAAUAUGGGCGAUCUAUGUGGAUCAUCGGUGUGAUUUCUCUGGCGGCGAAUUUGGCUGUCAGCUGGGUUCGUCCUGUUUCCAAGAAUCCGCUGUUUGAAACAUGA